AUGCUGUCUUCCUUGUUCAAUGUAGCCGCUCUGGCUCUUGUGGCCGAUGUAGCUUCUGCUGCCGCUGUGAGCUCUUCCAGCAAGCUCGCGGCCUCCAAGACUGCCGGCUCAACUGCUAGCGACGUCUUCCCUCCGGCAAGCACCAAGGUCAACACUUCUCUCUUCCCUGACGAGUCAAAAGUCGGCUUCCCCGGUCCUACCCCGACUGGGCUAGAGGGCGACGCUAUCCAGACCGCUCCCCUGUACCCAUACAACUCGGCUGCCGCUGCCGCUUUCCCGCUGGCUGUGCCUCAGCCCCAUGGCUCGUCUGCUUUUGGCGACAAGUUCGACAUCACAAAGUACUGGGGCAAUCUGAGUCCCUGGUAUUCGGUCUCAUCUGCCGACUAUGGUCUCUCCGAAGCAAGUCCCUUGAUUCCCGAUGGUUGCACCAUCAAUCAGAUGCUCUUGCUGUACCGUCACGGUGCUCGUUACCCCACCAGCGGUGCUGGUCCCUCAACCUUUGCUCAGAAGGUCCACAACGCUACCGCUUCGGGCUUCAAUGUGACUGGCGAGCUGACUUUCCUGGCCGACUGGACUUACAAGCUCGGCGCCGAGCUUCUUACUCCCUUUGGUCGUAGCCAGAACUUCCAGCUCGGUGUCGAGUACCGUCAGCUGUACGGUGAGCUCCUGAACAACUUCACCUACCAAGACGCCCUUCCCGUCUUCCGCACCGAGUCUCAGGACCGCAUGGUCAAGACCGCCGAGAACUUUGCUGCUGGUUUCUUUGGUGUCCCUGAAUACCUCGACCAGGUCAACAUCGAGAUCUUGGUCGAGAACUCGACUGUCAACAACUCGGGUGCUGCCUAUGAGGUCUGCCCCAACUCCAACAUCGCCAGCCGUGGUAGCAUUGGUAGCACCGUCGCCAACAAGUUCGCCGUCAACGCUUUCAAUGCCACUCUCGCCAGACUGAACUCUCAGGUUUCUGGUGCUCUCAACUUCACCUAUGUCGACGCCAUUGAUAUGCUGCAGCUCUGUUCUUAUGAGACCAACGCUCUCGGUUACUCCAAGUUCUGCGGUCUCUUCACCGAAGAGGACUUCAUCAACUACGAGUACUACUACGAUCUGUCCUUCUACUACAACAACGGACCUGGUUCGCCCGUCGCUGCUGCUCAGGGCAAGGGUUUCCUCCAGGAGUGGCUCGCUCGCUUCACCCACACCUACCCCGAUGCCACGUCUGCUCUCAACAAGACCUUUGACAACUCUUCGACUUACUUCCCUUUGAACCAGUCCAUCUAUGCUGAUGCUACCCACGAGGUUAUUGUCCUCGAUACCCUCACUGCUUUCAACUUCACCGCCUUGUUCAGCGGUCCCCCUCUCAGCGCCACUGGCAACACCGGCACCAACUCUUUCGUUGCUAGCAAGCUGGUUCCCUUUGCCACUCACUUCACCACUCAAAUCAUGACUUGCCCCUCCAGAAACGUGACCAAGCAAAUCCGCUUCCUCGUCAACGAUGCGGUCAUUCCCGUCUCGGACUCGCAUGCUGGCUGCCCCGUCGACAAGGAUGGUCUGUGUCCUUUCGACACCAUGGUCAACGUCUUGAAGAAGAGAGUCAACGAGAUCAACUUCAACUACGACUGCUACGCCAACUACACCGCCACUGCUGGUGUCAACUACAACGGCCGUGCUCCUACUUCCUAG